GAUACUUGGAUGCAAUUAACGAAUUGAUUGCUGCACGUUAGAAGGCCAUGCGGGCCAAGAAGGAAGGGAUAAUGCAGGACGUCUUGCCAAAUCCCGCAAAUAAAUCGAAGGAUCAGUUUCCAUAGAUGGGCCUUGCAGACUUCGUGGAGGCGCCGCUGUAUAUAUAUAGGUGCGCAGGGCUGUUGCGGCGCCUUGCUGCAAAUCGUUCCCAAAUCCUACCCAGUCUGCGCGAUCUAGCGAUUGAGAGGAUGGCGAUGACCCGAUUCUUGCUGGGGAGACUGCCGCGCCGUUCCUCGAUUCCCCUAUUACCUUCUCCGGCACCCUCUUCGAGCCCCAUCGCCAGACGAUCUCUGGCGGGAGUUCCCGCCAUGGAAGCGCCGUCUCCAUCUGGAUAUCCCGCAGCUGCCGCCGUGCGAUCUUUCCUGGCGGGACAAGGCCUCUCUCCUCCAAUGGGCCUGAGGUCCUACCGGCGUUCAUCUCGGUCCAUCCGUCAAUUCAGUACCAACGGGGACAUGAAGGACACGGGAACUGAUAAUGGUAUGCUGGUAAAACUGAUUAAGAGGUUUCUCAAGAAGAUUGGGCAUCCGUCUCAGUUCACUGGCCCUGAACUGAAAGAAUGGGGGAGGAAUCAGAAACCUUUUAAGGAUACCAACCUCAGUGGCCCUAUCUUUGCUAUGUUCAGUGGUGCCUUGGUUGUAGUCUGGGUCAACGACGACUGGAGAUAUAUCAAAGCGAGCUUCAACGAAUUCGUAGGUGGUCUUACUGGAAGUGUGAAACGCAAGGAUUGAUUGUGUGCUUCAUCUGACACUUGCCUGCGCUGAAUAUUUCCCCCAAUCCAGUAUCGAGAGUUGCUUAUCUUAAUUACCUUAUGGCAUAGCAAUUAUGUGUAUUAACGUGACCCACCCUCUCAUCAAAACUGGUCUCCUAUGUUGGUGUAACCUAAAACAUGUGUAUGAAAGUUGCGCAUGUUUGUCACUAGUAAAAGUUGUUGGACUUAUCAUGUGCUUUUUCUUUUAUUAUCUUUCACCCUUAAAA